AUGGGUCGUGGGGUCAGCGCAGGUGGGGGCCAGAGUUCCUUGGGUUAUCUGUUUGGUAGUGGAGAAACUACCAGCAACCCUCAAGCUUCUCAGAACCAGGUGCAGGAAUCAAAUAAUGUGCCACCUAAGAAGGCCACUGCUCCUCAACCUGUCGAUAACAGUGAGCAGAUUCCAGCAGGCAUUCCCGGCAAUAUGCAGAACAACUACGUCCGAGCAGAUGGACAGAACACUGGAAACUUUCUCACGGAUCGGCCUUCAACAAAGGUUCAUGCUGCUCCUGGUGGUGGUUCUUCACUGGGUUACCUCUUCGGUGGUGGCGGGAAAUGA